AUGGCCGCGUUCAACCACCUACUCUUCUUCCUUGUUCUCGCCUUUGCCGCCAUCAGCAUCAUCAGCGCAGGGGCCGCUGCGGGCGACGACGUCGACGCGCAGCUGCGGAAGGUGGCCAUGUCGCAGGCCGUCAAGGUGUUGUCCCGCUACAGCCCGGAAACCACCGAUCUGGAGACGCUGAAGCGGGCCCUGGCGGUGGUGAACCGGGAGGCGCAGCCGUACUGGAAGCCUAUCUUCAACAACGUCAACAGGGUGAUGGACAGCGGCGCCGACGGCCGCAGCAAGGAGGCGGCCUUCCCCGUGGCCAAGGAGCUGCUCAACCGCGAGCUCAGCCAAGGCCCUAACGCCGUCAAGAUCGACUUCGAAUAUGCGUGA